GUCAAGAAUUACAAGCCAAGUCUUGUCAGCCAGUGCAGUAAAGUGACCCAGAUUUCGGAGCUGACCAACUCGCAGCCCACUGGCCUGGAGGGGAUGUCAGUGGAGCUGGAAACUGUCCUGGGGGAAAUUAAAACCCUGCAGAUCAGUCAGAAGGCCAGCAUUCAGUCAUUGCAGAAAACAUACAAGGAACAUAGUGCAGUUAUGAUAGAGCAAAUGCGUGGCAAUUUAAAUACUUAUAUAGAUGAAUGUGAUAAUAGUUCUGUGGGUACAUCAGGUGAUAAUGAGCAAUAUUUAAAAGAAGAGAUGUGUAGGAGUGUUCUCUCUAUCGUGAAUGAAUUUGAUAAUAUUACUGCGAAGGAACUUAACGAGAUGAAAGAUGAAGUUAUAAGCAUUAAAGGGUCAGUUACAAGUUCUAUUCAUAAAUGCACCAGUGUUCACAAUGACUUGUCACAAUUCCAUGAAAUUGUUCAGAAAAUUGGAGAUCAUAAGCAGCUCUGCCUUAUAGCCAGCAUAAAAUGUAAGCAUAUAAUACAGCAGGCACUGACUCUGCUGGGAAAGUCAGGCAAGGCGUUUAAUGUCCAGAGUAAUGCUAAGCACAAUGUGAGAAUACCAAGUGAUUCAUAUAAAUGUCAUAUCACAGGCAUGUGUGCUGUCCCAGAUGGACAGGUCGUGGUUGCAGACAUGGAUAAUAAGAGAGUCAAGCUUCUGAGCCAGCAGUACAAGGUGGUGAGUCAUUGGGAUGUGAAUGCUGAGCCACAGGAUAUAUGUCAGAUCACACCCAGUGAGGUUGCAGUGACUGUGAAUGCUAGCAACAUACAUGAGGUCCAGUUUAUUACUGUCAACCAGGGAAAGCUUGUUCCUGGCAGGAAGUUUCAGUUACAACAUGAAUGUAGAGGUAUUGCCCAUCAAAAUGGAGACCUUUUUGUCGCCUCUUUUAAAGAACUGUACAAAUACACGCUGAAUGGCAAACUGAUCUGCAGACUCUAUGAAGCUUUGGGUUAUAAUACCGUAAACAAGUGUGCUGUGAGUCCCACAGGAGACAGGCUGUACAUCACCAGCAGCUACCAGAACAAGCUUCUCACCCUGGCCAGGGAUGGCACACUCCUGGCUACAUACACAGACCCAGCACUAGUGAGCCCAUGUGGUCUACAUGUGACCCCUGCAGGCCAGGUGCUGGUCUGUGGAUUCCAGUCCCACACUGUACUACAGGUGGGCUGGGAGGGGCAGAGUAAGCUGGCUAAUCUUGCUACUCAGGAGGAUGGAGUGGAGUGGCCAGAGUCAGUCUGCUACAGCAGCACCACAUCAUCCAUCAUUGUGGGACAGAAGUGGGACGACACCAUCCUGGUGUUCAGAGUGGAAUAGUGUGUACAUUCGCUUCUGAGUCAGGACAAGGUUGCUGAGGAUGUGGUGGACAAGAAUGACCUGAAUACACAGAAGGUGCUUGACCAAAUACAAGAGGCCGUCCCAUCAAUCAGUCGUCGAAGUCAAUUGAGAUGGACCAGAACAAGGCAGAAACUCAGCAACAUUUUACGCACUGUGAGCAUGAGCAAUGUUAUCGAGUUGACGUGGCAACGGCACCAGUCGGACCCCCAGGAGCCUCAGUACAGGAAAACCCUUCCCCUCUCCUGAUCCCUAGCUCCUCCCCUUUGACCUCCUGCUUCAAAGCUUCAUUGAACAAUACCGGUCUGCUGGAAUAUCUGAGCAUGUUGAGUUUUCUCAAGCUGUUCUCAACAACUGCAAUGUCCGUGUUGAUUGAUCCACACUCGUGCCUGAGUAGUUAGUUAAGCUCCAGUGCCGGAGGUGGGUCAAGUAUUUCAGACACGCGGAGUUAUAGCAGUAGUUAUGGUAAUACCAACAGUCACUGAUUGUGGACUUCACAACGAAUAGUAUGAAGAAUUAAAAGUUGGAUAACUUGUUCCAUGCUUUGUUGGACUAACAGAGCAACAUCGAAUAAUGGUAGAAAAUCUAGAAACAGUUAAAGAGUUAUAGAUCGAAGCAUAAGCUUUCCACGGGGUCUACUUCUGAUUUCAAUAGUAGUAGCAUUAUGGACCAUCCUGAAUUUUCCACUUAUGCAUCCAAAAUGUUCAAAGUGAACGUGCUUUUUACGCAAUUGCUGACAAAAAAACUUUGUUAUGAACACUCAUAGCACGAUGAAUACAUCAGGUGUGGUUCAGGCGCAAAUUCUUCCCAACAACAUUAACACGGUGCCUAAGGUGUACCCAUCAUGGUUUGUUACGAGCACUUCACACUCCAAGACAAAACAGCCUCGCAUUGAAUAGACACUUGAUAAAGCGUUGAAAAAUGACAGAAGUUUUGUUGUGUGGUCCAGUAUGCCUUUUGACUCCAACCCAACAUUAGGUAGAACUCAAACUCAGCCCUUAGCAAUCACAGCGAGGCCAGCAUGGCAUCUCACCUUCUUGACCCUCAGCAAAUAUUAUUAGCCAACAAUACAAACAUCGUUAAAGUAAAUGUUGAUGGAAAUCGGCGGCAACCCCUUCUGUAACAAAUACUAUAACUCGCUCAAGAAAUUAAGUAUGAAGACGUAUUGCAGCAGCCUAGCACACCACAUCUUCUCCAAUGUUGGCUACAUCAACACUUCGAACAGCAGAGCCUUGAAGAGCACCAUCAUCGAUAUUGAUUUGGCGCAGCAACAGCACCAGUCCAGCCCGCAUGAGCCUCAGUCAAGGACGAACCUUCCCCUCCACCUGACCCUAGCAGCCUCAGUCCACGACGACCCUUCCACUCGACCUGACCCUAGCGCCUCCACCUUGACCUACGGCCUCAAAAGAUCACAUUAUUAUCCAAGAAGAAGAACAUUGUUGAAGUAAAUGUUGAAAACAGUCCAAACCCCCUUCUCGCACAAAUACUACAAGUCGCUCGAGACAUUCAGCACGCCACCUAUGAACAUCUCGCACAAAAACUACAAGUCGCUCAAGAAAUUCAGCACGCCACCUAUGAACAUCUCGCACAAAUACUACAAGUCGCUCAAGAAAUUCAGCAUGCCACCUAUGAACAUCUCCCACAAAUACUACAAGUCGUUCAAGAAAUUCAGCACGCCACCUAUGAACAUCUCCCACAAAUACUAUAAGUCGCUCAAGAAAUUCAGCAUGCCACCUAUGAACAUCUCCCACAAAUACUAUAAGUCGCUCAAGAAAUUCAGCACGCCACCUAUGAACAUCUCGCACAAAUACUACAAGUUGCUCAGAAAUUCAGCACGCCACCUAUGAAAAUCUCCCACAAAUACUACAAGUCGCUCAAGAAAUUCAGCAUGCCACCUAUGACCAUCUAGCACAAAUACUACAUGUCGGUCAAGAAAUUCUGCAUGCCACCUAUGAACAUCUCGCACAAAUACUACAAGUCGCUCAAGAAAUUCAGCACGCCACCUAUGAAAAUCUCCCACAAAUACUACAAGUAGCUCAAGAAAUUCAGCACGCCACCUAUGAACAUCUCCCAAUACUACAAGUCGCUCAAGAAAUUCAGCAUGCCACCUAUGACCAUCUCGCACAAAUACUACAUGUCGGUCAAGAAAUUCUGCACGCCACCUAUGAACAUCUCGCACAAAAUACUACAAGUCGCUCAAGAAAUUCAGCACGCCACCUAUGAAAAUCUCCCACAAAUACCACAAGUCGUUCAAGAAAUUCAGCACGCCACGUAUGAACAUCUCCCACAAAUACUACAAGUCGUUCAAGAAAUUCAGCACGCCACCUAUGAACAUCUCACAAAUACUACAAGUCACUCAAGAAAUUCAGCACGCCACCUAUGAACAUCUCCCACAAAUAAUACAAGUUGUUCAAGAAAUUCAGCACGCCACGUAUGAUCAUCCCCUUGAAAUACUACAAGUCUUCAACAAAUUCAGCACGUCACCUAUGAACAUCUCACAAAUACUACAAGUCGCUCAAGAAAAUCAGCACUCCAGGUAUUAACAUCUUGCACAAAUACUACAAGUCGCUCAAGCAAUUCAGCGUGUCACCUAUGAACAUCUUGCAUGGUGGCUUGGUGAGUCUGACUUCUGUCUUGACAAGUCACUCAAGAUAAAAUAAUCGAAUCUAACAGACAGAGCAGGUGCUGAGUGACUCGUCUGUUAACUUGACUGACCUCGAUACGUUGCUCUCAAAUAAUGAGAACCUGACGCACGAGGAACAGUGCUGUCCAACAUUCCCAGUUUUUGGUUGGCGACUUCACUGUCAUGACUCACACAAUCACUGCCUAUAGCCCUGCUGCAGCAGAAGCAGCAACAAAAACAGGUUUUCAGUAUACAGAUAUGCAACUGGAGUGAUGAUAUGCCCUGAAGAUAUUUAUUAAUUAUACCCCCUGUUAAUUGGGUAUAAUGGAAUCCCCUUGGAUGGACGUCUAUCUGUCUGUCUUUCCAUCUGUCUGUGGGCGUUCACUUAACGAUUCAACGUUCAGCUUUCACACUUUCAGGACCCCAUGCAGUCACACAUCUGUACACAGCGGACAACAAGAGGCUCUCUGGUCAGCUGGGCCCCUACAGGACCCCAUGCAGUCACACAUCUGUACACAGCGAACAACAACAGGCUCUCUGGUCAGCUGGGCUCCUACAGGACCCCAUGCAGUCACACAUCUGUACACAGCGGACAACAACAGGCUCUCUGGUCAGCUGGGCCCCUACAGGACCCCAUGCAGUCACACAUCUGUACACAGCGGAACAACAAUAGGCUCUCUGGUCAGCUGGGCCCCUACAGGACCCCAUGCAGUCACACAUCUGUACACAGCGGGACAAGAACAGGCUCUCUGGUCAGCUGGGCCCCUACAGGACCCCAUGAAGUCACACAUCUGUACACAGCGGACAACAACAGGCUCUCUGGUCAGCUGGGCCUGGACGCCCGGGGACAAAUCCUUGGUAUAGGCGGUGAGCUCUUGGGCUAGGAAUUUGGGUCAAAGCUGAACGAGUCCUACCCCAAGGGUACAUCCAGUCUAACCAUGGGGCUCCAAACUUCCCUUCUCAGGGGCAGAUAUAACCUCAUCUACAAGGGUCCUUAUCAUCACAAGUUUGGCCCAGCAAAUGAUGUUCCCCAACUGCAACACAGCCACUGCAUCUCAACAGUCCAGAGUAUGGCUACAGCUCCGAAGUACGUGCAAUCUUUACAAUAUCAAGGCCAUUUUCGAAACUUCAAGUCUUCUACCAAAGUUUUAAGUUGAACUCAGUCUCUCUUGCAACAACAGAAGCUGUAGUUGAAGUGUGAAAGAGAGGAAGAGUUGACAUGAAAUUGCUGCUUCAGCCUUCAUUCGAACAUCAGCAGCAGCAGCAACAACAACACUUAAAAUUCAGCAAUCAACAGUUCAAUUGACGAAGGCUUUCACAUGAAAACAUGUCAAUUACCAACGCAUAUCUCCCUGAAAACCUGGCCAAGCUUAUAAACAGUGCUAAUGCGCCAAACGUGACCCUUCAGAGAAAUGGGAUUCCAGGACAAAUGUCAAACCGUUACCAAUCUGGGCUCCAGCAGCAGACUCAGCCGUGGUGGGCAGGUUUAUAAAGCACCCAUGGUCUCAAUGCUCUCUGAACAUCUCAAUCUCUCAGAAGCCUCAGUCGUGGGGGCAGGUUUAUAAAGCACCCAUGGUCUCAAUGCUCUCUGAACAUCUCAAUCUCUCAGAAGCCUCAGUCGUGGGGGCAGGUUUAUGAUGUACCCAUGGUCUCACUGCUCUCUGAACUGGGUUUGAUUGGUAGAUGGUCAUCUUGUGACAAAGCCCUAACUUAUCAUUGGCUAAGUAACUUUUGCACAAUAUCCAAUUAAUCAUUCUGUAUCUCAUCACACAUGGGAAUUCAGAGGCUGUGUAGCUGAUAUUCUAUUCAGGGUUAUUAACUAACAUUGUGCCCUCAGUUGUGUAAAGUUGUGUGAAUAUCUUUGUUUAAAAAAGUGUAACGCAUAAAACAUUUGCAUCACUUGUAAUCAAAAAUGUUCGAUGAAGGAACACUCAUUUUGCAAUAUGACAAAUAUUCCAGAAUAUAUAUGUCUUUUGACGGAUCUUGGUCAGUGUCUAGCAGUAUCCAGGCAAACAAGCCAAGUCAGCAAAGCAGCAAUAAGAGCAGCAGCAGUCAAGCUGAGGGUCGCCCAAAACCACCCAGUGCCUUGCGAUGAAAACCUCCAACGGGACUGUGACCUUGCCCUUGUACUCACCUAAUCAUCAGGUUGAAGGACACAUGGGCUUAGAUAGAUACUGCAGUAAGAAGAAACCAUGCAAGGUUUUAAAGUAAAGAAGAUGAGUUCACAAUAUGACAUCCGAGACUGCAGGGACAAAAUGAGUGUCCUCACUUCAGCAGUGGAGGCCAAUACACAAUACGAGAGUUUCCAGCGGCUUACCUUAUCUGAAAACCUGGGUAGAGAGUAAUUAGUAUAUCCCAGGAGCAUUUUCAGUCAUCGUCUCCAGAUUAUGAGAUCCCCAUGCUCCACAACCCUCAGUCUAUGAACAUCAUGCAGAGCGAACCUUAGACGUCCCUUGACGAAAUCAAACCAGCAAAUCAGAAGGACAGCCUGCUGCUACCGUUGUUAUCAUAUUAACCCCAUACCGAAAAAGCUCAGAGAUAUAAAGGCUGUUUAAGAUGUGCUUGUCUCUACAUACCAUGUGUCUGGUGUGAACAUGUACAAUUGAAGGUCUCUACAUACUCCAUGUCUGGUGUGAAAAUGUACAAUUGAAGGUCUCUACAUACUCCAUGUCUGGUGUGAACAUGUACAAUUGAAGGUCUCUACAUACUCCAUGACUGGUGUGAACAUGUACAAUUGAAGGUCUCUACAUACCUCAUGUCUGGUGUGAACAUGUACAAUUGAAGGUCUCUACAUACCUCAUGUCUGGUGUGAACAUGUACAAUUGAAGGUCUCUACAUACGCCAUGUCUGGUGUGAACAUGUACAAUAGAAGGUCUCUUCAUACUCCAUGUUUGGUGUGAACAUGUACAAUUGAAGGUCUCUACAUACUCCAUGUCUGGUGUGAACAUGUACAAUUGAAGGUCUCUACGUACCCCAUGUCUGGUGAAAACAUGUACAAUUGAAGGUCUCUACAUACCCCAUGUCUGGUGUGAACAUGUACAAUUGAAGGUCUCUACAUACCCCAUGUCAGGUGUGAACAUGUACAAUUGAAGGUCUCUACGUACCCCAUGUCUGGUGUGAACAUGUACAAUUGAAGGUCUCUACAUACUCCAUGUCUGGUGUGAACAUGUACAAUUGAAGAUCUCUACAUACCCCAUGUCUGGUGUGAACAUGUACAAUUGAAGAUCUCUACAUACUCCAUGUCUGGUGUGAACAUGUACAAUUGAAGGUCUCUACAUACUCCAUGUCUGGUGUGAACAUGUACAAUUGAAGGUCUCUACAUACCCCAUGUCUGGUGUGAACAUGUACAAUUGAAGGUCUCUACAUACCCCAUGUCUGGUUUGAACAUGUACAAUUGAAGGUCUCUACAUACUCCAUGUCUGGUGUGAACAUGUACAAUUGAAGGUCUCUACAUACCCAAUGUCUGGUGUGAACAUGUACAAUUGAAUGUCUCUACAUACUCCAUGUCUGGUGUGAACAUGUACAAUUGAAGGUCUCUACAUACUCCGUGUCUGGUGUGAACAUGUACAAUUGAAGGUCUCUGCAUACCCCAUGUCUGGUGUGAACAUGUACAAUUGAAGGUCUCUACAUACCCCAUGUCUGGUAUGAACAUGUACAAUUGAAGGUCUCUACAUACACCUUGUCUGGUGUGAACAUGUACAAUUGAAGGUCUCUGCAUACCCCAUGUCAGGUGUGAACAUGUACAAUUGAAGGUCUCUACAUACUCCAUGUCUGGUGUGAACAUGUACAAUUGAAGGUCUCUACAUACCCCAUGUCUGGUGUGAACAUGUACAAUUGAAGGUCUCUACAUACCCCAUGUCUGGUGUGAACAUGUACAACUGAAGAUCUCUACAUACCCCAUGUCUGGUGUGAACAUGUACACUUGAAUGUCUCUAUAUACCCCAUGUCUGGUGUAAACAUGUACAAUUGAAGGUCUCUACAUACCACAUGUCUGGUGUGAACAUGUACAAUUAAAGGUCUGUACAUACCCCAUGUCUGGUGUGAACAUGUACAAUUGAAGGUCUCUACGUACCCCAUGUCCGGUGUGAACAUGUACAAUGGAAGGUCUCUACAUACCCCAUGUCUGGUGUGAACAUGUACAAUUGAAGGUAUCUACAUACCCCGUGUCCGGUGUGAACAUGUACAAUUGAAGGUCUCAUCUUUGAAAUUGGGACAGGUGGAAAAUUGAUGCAUUGAUGCAGACAGAAGUCGCAUAAUGACAAAUCACAACAAAAAGUGAAAAUCCAGACAGUCUUGUGGCCAGCCAUGUUUUUAUGUGACCAUCCAAGUUGUGUUCAAAGAAAACAAUAGUUCAUGUUUUAUUGGAAAUAUGAUGCUGAUAGUCAUUUUAUGUAAAAGGCUUUUAUGAACUGUAUUUAAAUACUCAGUAUAAUAAGAUUAAGAUUACUUGAUAAAAGCAAUAAUGAACAAUAUUAUUUUAAGAGCAAAAUUAGCAAGUCUAUCCAAAUACUGUGUCUGUAUUAUGAAAUUUUAUUUUGGAAAUGUUAAGGAAAAUAUAAUGUUACUAAAUAUAUGUCUAUUAAUGUUCAUUUUAACAUUUGUCAAAGCUGUUAAAAUGAUGCCGGUAACUUUGACAAAAUUGAAAGAAAGUGUAUUCUUUUCAUGUAAUGAGACAUGCUUCAGUUUGUUUUGGCUUAACAUGUAAUAUAGAGGUGGUAGUAGGUUAAACACAUUGUUUAGACAGGUGGAUAAUUUUAAUGCUAAGGCUUUGAUAACUUUAAGUGUGCCCAUUGGUGUCAGGUGUUUUUGUCAAGCAUCUUGUUUAUUAUCUUAGUAUUUCAAGACAAUAUUGAUUAAUUUUAGACAAAAUCAUUUAAUCUUCCUUAAAUUGUCUAUUCGGUAUUUACUACCAGUUAUUUAUUCAUUUACUUGAACAUGAUUUAAUAAUGACUUUUUUGUUGCUUAAAAUGCUUUAGAUCUAUAUGUUUUAAAACUAAGCAUUUAAAAACGAAAAUAUAAGAUGUGGGAAUAAUGUCUAAAGUUAUGAUAGUUAUUUUUUGUUUUUGUAAAGUUAAUUAUGCCUUAUAUGUUUGUGUAUAGACAUUUAGACGACCAGAUUAACCUGACCAAGAAUUCUUGAUCAAUGUGUAUAUCGGUCACUUCAUUUGUCAUUUGUAUAUAGAGCGAUUGCGAAAUGAUCGUAUUGUUAAUGAAAAUCAUCGUUUAUUGUUGCCAUUUUGAUUUUUGCUGUUAACAUGUAUUUGUACAAACAAUUUUCAUCCUUUACAUCUUUUAGAUGCCAGAUAAUAAAAACAAACAUUGCUUGUGGAGAUGCUCAUUUAAAACUUUCUUAAUGAUACAGAACAACACAUUCUGAAGAGACUAAUAAAUUAUGCUUUAGGCAAAAGGAACAUCUUGUUACUAGUAUAUGUACUGCUUUUCAUUAGGUAAAGUCAACUAUUGAAAGAUUGGUUUAAUUUUUUUUUGCAUUAUCUUAAGAAAAAUUAAUAUAUUCUACUUGGAAAUCAGUCAAUUGCAAAUCAAGCGAGAGUGAUUAAACACGCUAACACUUGUCAAUAAUUGAAUUGUCUCUCUUUGUACGUAAGAUAUAGGGAUGUUGUUGCUUGAAAAACAAAGUUGUAUCCGUUGUUAGAUAAUGUUUUUGUUCAUCUCUCAACAUAACAAGUACAUUCAUACAGUUAUUAAAAAUAUGACACUCUUUAUUCUCAGCCAUCAGUUUGUAUUGGGAUUUUGUGGAAUACUUACUAAACUAAUACACGUCUGUUUAAUGAAUGAAUAGCUAUGGUACAAUAUGAUACUCAGUGUUACAAAACAUGUGUAAUAAAAAUAUAAUGUCAUUUAUUUGAAAUCAUAAAAUUUAGUUGUCCAUACAAUGCUUACAGUUUUGCAAUUGCGAUGAUAAAGGAAAUGUUCUGCUCAAAAUGUCUUUUUAAGACAUGUGAAAAUUGUAGCAAUCAUAUUGUACUUGUAUUUAUAUUAUACAUCAUAAGAAUUUACUUACGGCUGAUGAUAGCGGCUGUUUACUAUUUGUGUAACAGUUAGUUUCACUCGACCGUUUGACCAUAUUUCCUUAAAAAUGUGAUUGUUUAUAUUGAACUUUAAUUGAAUGCAUGAAACAUGAUUGUUCUGUUACUUAACAGCUGAAAAUAGCUUGAUGUUUGUAAAAUUGUAUGAAAUGUUUCAAAUAAAUCAUAUUGAUACAUAAAAAAUAAAAUUACAUUUUGCGUUACUUUGAAUGCAUAACAAACAAUUGUUACCAUACAAUCAUAUUUGUAUUGAACUUAAUUAAUACUUUAAGAUGCAAUUUUUACAAUAAUGUGUUAAUAUUGUCAUCCAUUCCAAAUAAGCAUUGUGCAUUCGUAAAUAUAGGGUGUAUAUACACUGCUUAGAUGCCUUUUUUAAAUUGCUUGUGUACGUCAUAUUGAUUAAAGACUCUUAUGUAUUGCAUAUUUGUGUGUGCCUAUGUCUUACAUAUUUCUUCACAGUCCUUAAAUUACUGCAAUUAAUACUUUAAGAAUGUUAAAAUAUUUAUCUAAACUAUAACCAGGUUAUCUGUUAAUUUAAGUUUCAUACAUUGUAUUGUCUAGCUAAUUAAAUUGAAGUGUCUAUAUUCUCUCCAACAUGCAUUGUCUGUGUAUGGUUAAGACAAAGCACAUUACACAACUCAUGUUGUUUUUCUCCAUCAUUAAUAAAUAAUGUUUAUUCUGUAGAUGUUGCAUUAUACUAAAUAUUUCAGUUGUGCAAUGCUUUGCUCUCUUAAUAAAUCAGCACUAUUUAUUGAUUUUUUAUAUGGGCACUUCCCAUGACUUUAUUCGUGAAUAUUUCUUUGAAUGUGCAGUAGGGAAAACAUUGUUUGCUUGAAGGUUAGAAACUUAAUGUUGACAUCUUGAAAGAUGGCAGUAAACAUUUAACUGAAGAGUAGCUGGGAAAAAGAUUGCUGUUAAACAAUGUAAGACAGAAGUCCACGCAAGAUAUGUCAUGCAUGCGAUAUGCAUGAACUAUAUUUUUAAAAUAAUUUGGAUCUGAAUUAUCUUUAAGAAAUGGUAUGGUUAUGAGGGUCUCUAUGUGCAAAAUGUUGCAUUUAUUUAGUGUACAAGUUAUUGCUUAAACAUUGAAUUUGUUAUGGGAAUAAUAUAGUUUAUGCGACUUAAAGAGAUAUACAUGUUUAUGUUAGUGAUGUGUUUUUGCUGAUCCAACUCUGUUCCUGCACACUAUUUAAAGUAGAUAACUACAAGUUAUCUCAUUUAAAUGGGAAUAGUAUUGUACUGUGGAAAAGUGUUGUGAGUUCAAAUAAAAAUACUAUGAACCGUU